AGGAGGAGGCUGAGGCGGCUGAGGAGGCGGGAGACAACGAGAGGCGGGAGACAACAAGAGGCCGGACACCGGAGGAGGAGGCAGACACUGGAGGAGGAGACGGAGACCGAAGGAGGAGAGAGAGACAGUGAUGAGAGGCGCGAACAUGGCCGCGCCGCUGGCCCACUUCGACGAGGACUGGCAGGACUUUAACGAGUUCAAGCCGCCUCUCUCGGCCGCCUCCAAGCUCGACGAUUCGCUCAACUCGAACGCGGCCAACGCCGCCGACGAGGACGACGACGACGGCGAUGGUAGUGGUGGUCGCGAUGCGUGUGGUGGUGGAGGAGGAGGAACCGGGGUGGUGAAGGUGGCCUGCUCAACCUCGGAAGAGCUGGGGGAGCUGGACAACUUCUCGGGAGACAUGGGCUGCAGUUUCCAGUCGAUGGAGGACCUGGUGAGCGGCUUCGAGGAGCAGCUCACCGCCUGCUUCAGGAACUUCAACGCCCCCACCGAGGCGCUGGCCCCGGUGCGAGCCCUGGGGGAGGCGGAGGGGCUCCGAGACGACGAGCUGUGGAACAAGGUGACGGACAACUACGGGAACGUCAUGCCCGUGGACUGGAACAGCUCUCACACAAGGACACUUUAUUUGCCAACUCUCAACCUCAACCAGAAGAAGGAGAAGGAGGGUGUUAACCUGGAUCUCUCCGACGACGAGGAGCUACGCGAUCAGUUGGACAUGCACUCCAUCAUCGUGUCCUGCAUGCAGCCAGAGGAGCCGCUCUUCACCGCCGAGCAGGUGAUUGAGGAGCUCGAGGAGAUGAUGCAGGAGUCACCAGACCCAGAGCCAGAGGGUGUGCUUACACCAGGCCAGUCCGACCGCCUCUCACUGCUCUCCCUGGAGGUGGCAGCUCUCAAGCAGUCUCCCGUGUCUGAUAAGGGUGCGCCGGCUGACGCGCUUAAGGGCCUGUCCGUGGCCCGGCUCAUGGAGAUGCUGGAGGACAUGGAGACAGCGGUUCGCACGUUUUCUGAGGAACUCAUCCAGCAGCUUGCACUGAGGGACGAGCUCGAGUUCGAGAAGGAGGUGAAGAAUAGCUUCAUCGCCGCCCUGGUGGAGGUGCAGAACAAGCAGAAGGAGUUCCGAGACAUCAUGAAGAAGAAGAGGAGAAGCAAUGGUGCCUCGCCAAGCCACCGCCGUGACAAGGGGACCAUUGCGCCUGGCACAUACUUGACGACCGUGAUUCCGUAUGAAGACAAGGAAGAGCCACCAUCUGUCCAGCAGCUGCAGGUCCUCAUUAAGAUCUUGAAAGCAAUGAAGGAUGACAGUGACAGAGUUCCCAGCUUGCUAACCGACUACAUUCUAAAAGCAGUCAUGUGAUAGCGGAACAACAUGAGGGCAUUGUGGUGCCUCUGCCCUGCCCUAAGUGCUGUGUCCUACGUAAGCUGUCGUGCCCUGGAACACCCACACAUGAAGCAAAGUUACUCAUCUCAGAAUGCCACCGCUGUUACCUUGGCUCCAUUCCAGCAGCAGGUGCUAAUCCAGCCCUACUCUUCACAGCAAGCACAUUGACAGCGAAGGGCACAGCUGCACCCAUAACUGUCAUUCUUCCCAUGCGAGUGCGAUCGGUGCUGUCUGUCACCGAGUGGAGUUGCUGAGUAUUCCCAACGUCUGUGAUACGUAUGGAGGCAGGAGUGGCCAUGCCUCACCUCUGUGGAAAUGGAGCCAACCUUACAGCUGUUGAUUGUCAUUGCUCCCCUUUUUACUGAUAUCAAAUGUUUUACAAAUCAAAGCUUUUAAAAGUCAAACUUUGUUACCAGGUUAGAAAACGUGUUACAUAGGUGGCAUAAUUAUUAAUAGAGCAGAUAUUUUAAUAUUAGUGCAUGGCUGUCUGCGUGUGUGUGCGCGCUUCUCUGCUAGUUAUAUAACUGGUAUAUAUGUAAGAACAACAUCUUCACAGUAUUUUUUUUUAUCUACGAAAGAGCUGUUGGUAAUACUACAUUACAUAUGAUUAUUACCUUCAAUUGUAAUUGUACGUAAUGAAUUGUGUUUAAACAAGAAGCUAAAUCAGGUCUGGACUGCCAAUCUCAGUGCCAAAAUAACAGUUCAGGGCAACUCCUUAUAUUUUUAGGUUUUUUUUAAAUGCAUGUUUCAAGUACUGUAUACUGAAUUCCCCAGUUGUGUCUUGCCACACACGCUGAUGGCUGUAGCCAUGUGGCUUCAUAAUGUCACCUUGACUUGGCUCUUUAAGCAUUGGCCUUCGGUGUUGAUUUUUUUUAGCUAUACCACAACACUCAUCAUCAGUGUGCUUAACUGAAGCAUAGGGUUUAGCAAAACAUUUCUUACGACCGCUUGCUUUGUUUACUGGCUGGAAUAUAAUGACAGUGAUAAUUGGCAGCCCUUUUUAAGUCCACUCGUGGAUUGAAGGUGCACUCCACCAUGGAUAAGGUAGAGGGACUUUUACUUUGAAUCGGUGCACUGCAUACCGUGUGCUACGCACAGAUGCACACGUUAUAUCUAUGUUCUAAUCACUCUAAACUACGUUAUGUGUGAUACACACGCACAUCAUUUGUUUUACUUGAAUUGGCAAUCUGUCGAAAAGGCAAUUUUUCAAGUGCAUGACGUUUGUCACAACCUAAUUUUGGACAUGAACUGAGAAGCUUUGUGCACGUGGAAAGGCGUUCUGUGGUGGAGAGUGAGGACCAUAGUUUGGGAAACGUUGCUGUGAAGAAACCACAAAUAGACCCCGAAAGAUUGCCUCCGUUAAUUCUGUAACAAUACCAAGCUGAUCGCGGAUCAGUGUUGCAUUCAUUUUUGCUGAACUGACUGUGCAAGUGCUUGUGAACCCCCCCCCCCCUCCAUCUGCUUAAUCGCACACUUUCAAUAUUGUCCGUUUGGAGUGGCUUUCAGUGCAAGUAUAAUUUAAAACUAAGGUUGGCUAAAUAAAUAAUAAUAAAUGUGCUCAUGAAAGGCUUCUUAGCUGUUGUCAAGUUAUGGUCUGGCUGUUCUGAGAUUGCAGUGCUAGAUGUGAAUAUAAACAUCUUUGGUGGUCAGCCGUCUUGCGGUAAAGAAUCAAUGAUGUUAUGCAGUAGACCUACUGUAUAGCCAUCAAAGAAACAACAAUUCACAAAGAACAUAUACUAAAUUAUAUACUCUGUAACUUUAAUAUUAAAAACCAGGGCUUAACAAGCAGUUAAUCUUAACACGUGUGUGUAUAACACUUCAGUAAAAAGAACACUUGGCUUCCAUUUUAAUAUGUUCAUGUCACUUGCGUUGUUUUCUAUCUGUUUCUACGAAAUACACAAUACAUGGUUAAUUAAAACUUUAUUUGUUUUUAAACUAGAAAAUUAGUGAGCAGCUGUAUAACUAAUGGUAAUUUGUCAGAUUUGCGACUUUAAUCAGAUUCAAGUGUGCUGUUAUCAACUGAAACCGUUGCAAAUGGAACAGUAUUAUGGCAGAGUUGAUCAAUGGGAACACAGUUGAGUCAUUACAUGUUAUAUUUAUUGUAUUUUUUUUUAUUUUGCGUUAAUGUCGGCAUUAUUUUGCAGAUGUUUAUUUUUAUCGUAGUAUGCUACAUAUAACCUGUUACAAACAUUCUUCAAAGAUUUUAAACUAAUGCUUCAAAUUGGGUCUCCUGCUCAAUUGACGUGGCCACACUAAUUGAAGCAGAGAUUUACAUUGCAGUGUAAACGGGUUCGAUGUAGACUUUAGUCUGGGCAAUUUAGCCAUGACCUACGAAAUGAAAAUUAUGUUGAUGUGAAAUGGGUCAAAUCAGCUGUGUGGCACUGUCGUGUUUUACAUAUUAGCAGUUGAAUUUGUGCUGUGAUGUCAAGUGGUAUUUGCUUAAAUUAAUUCCACGUUAUUAAUGUGCAAUACUUUUUGUUGAAAUAUGUUUGCCUCAUUGCAAGCUCUUUAAUUUACAUUUUUUUUUAUGUUUUUGUGUGUCCAUUAGAUGUUUAAAUUAUGAACUAUUUGUAAGUGGUUGAAUGUGUUUUAUGACGUGAACAUUGAAACUCGGUUGAGAUCAGUUGGAAGUGGUUUAAUUCGAAGGAAAUUUUGAAAGUGUAAAUGUAAUGCGUAGAGGGAAGUGUAGGUUUUGUUUAUUUUCAAGGUUGGACACAAGAAACAUCUGAAGAAUUUGGUGUGGAGUGUUGGAAUUUCAGAUUGGAAAAGCAGAGAUUAUGGACGAAUGUCACAGUACAGUAUUGCAAUUGUUUUAAUGUACACAACAUAGCCAGUGAGCAAAAUUAAUGCAUCAAUUUUAUGCAUAUGCAAAAGCAUCGUUUGACAUAACACCAGUUUAUAGUCGUAUAGAGUUGAAGUAAGCAUUAUGAACUAUUACUCGAUAAUAAACGUAUGUUUAAGAUUAGCACGCUAAAUGAUAUACAAGCAUAUUUAAUCUGAACAAAAGCAUUCUGGGAGAUAUAUUUAUCUUUGGGAUCCUUAACCUGCGGUUUCAUUAUAUGAAUUUCUGAAUUGCAGAAUGCUUGGCUAAUUUCCGUGUAUUUAUCACCUUGCCGUUUUCAUAGAUCAAAACUAAGGACCACGCAGUUAAAUUUAAUUUUGCUGUGCAUGUAAUUGCUAUAAUGUGAGUCGUGUAACAAUAUAUGUCGUGAAUGAUUGCUUUUAUUUGUGGAGACAAUAGCAUGAAUAAAACUUUGUAUAAAGCAGCAAUUA